AUGGGCGGCUACCGCCGCCCCACCGCGCAGGUGCAGUGGGAGACAUUGAAAGUGGCAGUGGACAAGGGCCGCGUGCUGUCGGGUGAAACCCGCAGAGGUUUCCUGUGGCUGGCGACGGCCGGCCCCGUCUUGGCUGGCCGCAGGGGCGGCUCCUUUUGCGAGGGACUCUCCCGCUGCGGGGGAAGCACCUGCCAUGGAGGCCGGCUCCUGGAGGAGGCCAGUCGAGCUCUGACGGGUCUGGCUGGCCUCCCGCUGGGGUCAGGGAGGAAGGACAUGAGGGAGCGAGGCCGCCCUGGCCCAGCCCUGCUCACGCCUCCAUCUUGGACCUCCGGCCUCCAGGACGUCCUUUCCCGCCAGUCCCCGUCUGGACCCAGCUGCCGGCGACGGUGCUCCGGUGGCCGCUUGUCCGCAGCGGUGACCAUGGCAGACCGGGCGGCAGCUGAGAGGGCUUGCAAAGACCCGAACCCCAACAUCGACGGCCGCAAGGCCAACGUGAACCUGGCUUAUCUGGGUGCCAAGCCGCGGAACCUCCAGACGGGCUUUGCUGUCGGUGUGCAGCCCCUGCACCCCACCUUGAUCCAGCGGCCUUACGGCGGAGCCCCGGCCCGGGCCCUGGACCCGUCUGGAGCUGUGCGCGCGUGUGCGUCCAUAGACACAGCCGGCUGUGGGAACCAGGCCGGGCAGCCACCAGUGACCGCGCCCGCCUGCCCUCCCGUGGCCGUGUGGACGCCGGUGGGCAGCAGGGUGCCAGCCCGGCCUGGCCUGAGAGGGAGCCCCAGGGUGGGCGGGAGGGUCCGAGCGUCCUCGGCCCCAGUGUCCCGGCAAGUGUUUGUGGAUACCGGUCUUCCUGGGUUCUUCCCCUUGGGGGUGCAGGCCAACCCUGAGGAGGCUGCUCCUCCUCUCCCGCCUGGCUCUGCUCCAGGGUCCUGCAGGGCGGGGGGCAGCGGCGCAGCCCCCCCCGCCCCCCAGUCCACAGCGCACCUGGGGCUCACUGCCAGCUGCCGGGCGGGGUUCAAGCCCUCGCGCCGCCCCUUCCCGACUGCCUCCACCUCGACCAGGCCCACCCCCGUGCCCGCAUCUGGACAGUGGGACGAGAACCCUGACCACGGCGGGGCGCACGGCAGCCCUGCAGGCGGCACAGCUCCGCCCCCCGCCGUGGAAGGGGAGACAGGCCGGGGAAGGUCGGGAGGUCAGCGGCCUGGCUCCGGGCCCUGCGUGCUCCCCCCUGUGCCCUGGUGGUCCCCGGAGGGCCACCCCGUGCGGGUCAUUGCAGACAGCCACGGGCUUACCUCCGCGUGCUCCGGCUUCGGGCAACAGUGUUUUGUAACCGGACCCGCGGCGGCCACCCAAUCCUGCAACCAUGACGAGGCGGCUGUGGCUUGCCAGCGGCUGGGACCCAGGCAGGGGCGAGGAGCCCGAGGGCCUGCCCGGCCCUCCAGCCGGGGCGCCCGAAGCCUGCAGGGCCGCCCAGGGUGGCGGCCGGCUCGCUCGGUGCCGGGCAAGCCCUGGCCCCCUCGGUGCCCAGCUGCAGAGCGUCGCUCCAGCUCGUUCACUGGUUCCUGGGAAUGUGACCCGGUGACGCGGGUCCUGGCGCCGUCCCGUCGCACGGCAGAGCCGGCCAGGUCCGCGACUGGACCGGAGACACGGCAGACACGCAAGCAGGUGCUGCUCAGCCCCAAGGACAAGCGGGGCCCGGCAGCAGGAGGCAGCGCAAAGGCCCUGGGGCGGGCUCAGCACAGUGUGAUGGUGAGGGAGACCCUGAGCCUGGAGCAGGGGAUACGGCCCCGGGGGGGGGCUCGCGUGUGCUUGGGGGCCUUGCGGGUGUCAGGCUCGGCCGAGGCCAGCGGGGAGGCCAGGCCCGCACGGCACGAGCGGAGUCAGCUGCGGCCCGACUCUCAGAGAAGCAAUGAAGUCACUGUGUUCUGGGGGCUCCGUGAGGGUCAGCCCCGGGGUGGGGGCGGCCAGGCUCCCGGGCCUGCAUUCCGGGCUGCGCGACCUGACCAGGCCCUGGCCGGCCCCGAGGCCCGGCAGCUCCGGCCGCCUCCCAGCGGCUCCUGUGUCACGGGGCGUGGCAGGGCUGGGCUGCCCCUGCAGCUGAUGGUGCCAGCCGAGCGCCAGCCCUGGCGGGCCCCUGCCAAGCGCAGCGGUGACCUCAGAGCAGCAGCCCCGAGCUCGCGGGGCGGGCUCCGUGGCAGCCUCCCUGACCUCCCGGCCACCCCGUGGGGCCACGGCUCUCUCAGGCCUCAUCUGCCAAAGAGGCCGGGAGACAAGCUCAGAGAGAUCUCGGAUGCCAGCGGGGUCACCCCGAUAAGCCCAAGGACGGGCGAAAGUUGGCGCGAGGAGGUGUUUGUCGCAGCCGGCGGCCCCACGCAGCUCGGGCCCCCGACGUGCCAAGGGCACGCGCACCGGCUGGAGGGAGCCCGCUCUGCCCGGUGCUGCACAGAGUCCCGGCCCGGGCUCCGGCUGUCGCCCCCCGCUGCCGGGGCUGGCUGUGGCCGCCGUGCCAGUCGCUCAGUCUCCCGCCUCGUCCACGCCCCCAGCCGGUCACCUGGUGCUGCCGACGCCAGCGUGGGCCGAGCUGCUGACCCGGCGGCUGAAGCCCUGGGGGCCGGCGGCUGCGGCGGCUGCUGCUUGCUCAUUCAACCCUCCCACGAGCUGGAGCGGGGCGGGAUGCAGCCGCUGUCCACACGUGAGGACGCUGAGCCGGACCGAGGGCCACGCCCCAGCAGGGGGCAUUUUACCCCCGACCUGCCCCAGCCGCGAAACAUGCCGUGUUGA